AUGAACGAGUCUCCGGAACAUGUUUACGACGAUCUCAAUAUCACACUGGGUGAAUUGACGAUAGACACCCAAUUUCAGCUAGCCGAAGGCUAUUAUCUUCGGUUCAUCUACGCUAAUAACUACUGGGAAACCGGGAGCUUCCAAAUCACCAUGACCGGAAUGUCAACAAAUACCAGCGAUACGUCAAGCUCCGGCAGUUCUGACCGUCACCCGACUUCAGGUCACAGCAGUACUACCCCAUCGACAACAGAAUCCACCGGUACAGGAACUAGCUUCCUAGUGCCAGGAACAACUCGAGCAUUGGGCUCGGAGGCAACUGCAACUGCAGAUACGGGCCGGGUCUCAAGCAGCAAUGAUAACUAUGAUAGAGGCCUCAGCACUGGUGCAAAAGUGGGGAUUGGAAUAGGCUGUGCUGUCGCCGUGAUUAUGGGGAUAGUGGGCUUGUCAGUCCUCUAUCGGGUCAAGAAAAAGGGAAACUUUCAGGUUCCUCCGGAGCCGCAAGAUUCACCGGAUUUUGGUUCAAAGAAGCCGAAUGAAAGUGAUAGUUCUCAAAAUAUACUAUUUGAAGCGGACGGAAAACACGAGGCGACCAACAUGUCCGAGCUUCCGUCGGAUACCUUUACACGAAGUGAGCUACCAGGGUGA